ACAGUACGUUUAAAUGGACAAGAUUCGAAUCCUGCAUCAUUUUCUUGCCUCUCUCGAGUCAUCACCCUCCUGGCCUCUCUGCGCGCCGCCUCUCCUUUUUGGGCCUCGAAUUUUGGACUUCGGUUUUAGAACCAAUUUUGACGUCCUCGUUUUGGAGAUCUAUAACAUACCCCGUACUGUUCUUGGAGCCGGUAGCGCCAAGCUAGGCUGUAUACCAUGCCGAUUGUCGCUCAUUUCUGCACGUUCCUUGCCCUUAUUCCUCUCAGCUAUGGCCUGAACGUACCCGCAAGCUUUGGAAAUGUCACCAACACAACUAGUAUCACAACAGCAGCUCCUGGCCCACCACAAGAUCGCUCACUGCCCAUGGAUAGAGCCAUAAUUCUCGAACCGAACAGAAUGGGCAUCCCCGGACUUUCUAUAAUUCCGGCCCUGCUAUCCUCGUUCUUCAAUGGACGGCCUACCACUACGACUGUCAUGCCAACGCUGUCCAGCCAAGUGUUGACCUCCGGUGGCUUACAGGCACCAAGCGCUGUCCCAGAUCAGACUUCAUCAGGGUUGAACUCGGGUUCACCCAGUCCAGCAGGCCUUGGUGGAGUUCUGUCGGCUCUGAAUACAAUAUUAAGCCCCUUGACAAACCAGCCGAAUGCUGCCCCAUUGUCAACCGCCAACCCCGUGGGCACUCUCGUCUCCAUCCUCGAAAGUGUUCUCUCGGUCCCAGUGGCAGAUAGUAGCCUGUCUUUGUCUGUUGCAGAAGGGCCAACGUCACCGCUGUCGCCAGUACCGCCCACGACGUCUCUCAUGGGAUCCGCAGUCCCUCUAUUGCCGACGCCACCUAUAUCAUUGCCUCCGCCUCUGCCUAGCUUGACGAUCACACUUCCAUCGGUUGCUGGGAAUCCAUCUAUUUUACAAGCGCUUACCGCGCUGCUCCCCUCAACCCCACCGGCAGCUUCUGCUAUUGCACCACUGGUCUCAGAGGUGACGCCGUUGAUCCCGCUACUGGGUACUCUGCUACCAUCGGCGAUGCCGUUUCUAACACCUCUGGAGUCGAUGCUCAGCUCCCAGCUGUCGGCAGCAGCCCCGGGAGUUGGAUCUCUGGCGGCAGUGAUUGCAUCGCAAGUGGCGUCUCUCACCCAGCAAGUCUUUUCUUCAACGUCGGUCCUAACGACAGAUGUUCCCAUCAUGAGUGUUGAACUGCCCACAAUCACCAUCCCCGUCCCCAUCGCGACAACUCUUGCUCCCCAGCUUUCCGGUUUAACCCUCCCCACGAACGCACCUCUGUCAGUGCUAGCAGCGACGUUAUCAACUAUCAUCGGCUCUGGAAACCCUGGGUUGGUGAGCUCCAUUGUGGGAGCAAUAGUCUCGACACUGGACAGCAUGAUCUUGAGCGGUCAAGUAAAUAGCCUCAUUAGCGCCGCAACGGUGGCUGGAGGCUCUGUACUCUCGCAGGUCACUCGGGAAUAGUGCUCCCAGGUGACGAUAGUGGAAGGAUCCAUGGCUACCAUCUCUGUCCCUUGUGCUGCCGCCCCAACGACAACGAUGGCGACUGCGACGACAGAUACACAGGCGCCUUUGGUUUCAGUUUCGGACUCGGCGACUAAUUCCCAGAUACCACUUGUUUCUGUUUCGGUCUCGGCUACUUCUAGCGCAGGCAUCUCUCCUCUCACUUCCAGCUUACCCAGCAGUUUUUUGAGCGCUCUAGCUUCUUCGAUUACUUUGCUCCCUGCUGCGCAGACUACUAGCGUACUGCCAAUGCCAUCAAUUUCCACUCUAGUGGCAAGCUCACAGACUGUGACGGUAACAGCCAUACAGGUCAGUAUCGUGACUGCCUGUUCUACAACCUU